GAGAGAGGAAAAGAAUUAUUAAUUCUUACCUUUUCAUUUGUUUGGUUUAACCAUGGAAAUCAAUUACUUAAACCUAUUUCCUUCUCUUUUUGCAAUUGUUUGAGGAGGCUAGGGUAAAAAUAAUUGCUACUUUAGGUUUUAGAGAGGUUGGUAACAAAUAGGUAAAAACCAUUCCUCCUAAAUAAUGAUAAUUGUUACUCAAUCUUCUAAUCAAACACUUAUUACCCCGAUAAUGAUUUAACCGAAUUCAUCUCUACCCAAAAAACACCCUAACCUAACAUGCAAAUGUAAAUUUAAACUUGACCUUGACAAACGAACCAAACAUUGACCAAACCAGUUACAAAAGUGCUUUUGGCUUCACCCUGCCCUUACAUAUGGCCAAGUGAACCGACAAAAGAAGACUUUUUUUUUUUUUUUUUUUUUUACAAAAGAUAAGAAGACUAAGUUACUAUAUAUAAAUAUCACUCUAUGCACCAACAUCCUUUCAUUCCUCUUUUGAUACAUACAAUAAACCAUCCUUAACUAAUUACCAUAUAACAUCAAAAUUUUGCCCAAAAGAGAGAGAGAGAGAGAGAGAUUAAUUAUCAUGGCAUACAACAAGAAUAAUAGUUAUAAUUACAAGAUGAUGUUACAAAAGAAGCAAGAACCCACCAAUUUACUAAACUUCGUAUUCAUGUCAACCGUUAACAAAGCCUCUAAGAUGCUUUUAUCCGUGGUUUCCAACAAUUAUGCCUUAGAUUUUUCUUCACCUUCUUUUACUAAUAAUAGUAAUAAUAAUAAUAAGUGGAAGGUUAAGGAUCAUUUGAGGUUUAUGUCUUUGCUUUUCACCUGGUUCACUAUGUGGGCCCUUCGCCUUGUCUCCGAUGUUAUUCCUACUUCUUCCUCACUAUUUUCAUCUCUUAAUCAUCGUAAAAUUACAAGUAGUAGUAAUGUUAUGGUUGUUGAUCAUCAUGGAGAUGGCCAUGGUGAUGGAUCAUCGUCGGCGGCGGCGGCUUUGACAUCGGUGUCGUAUUCUCCUGUUCAGAAUCUAGACUUGAUUUCUCAUGAUGGGUUCUUAAUAGAGGGUGGCGGCGAUCAUCAUCAUCGGCUUCAAGCUGGAUUGUCCGUUGAAGCUCUUAGUAGAGCGCUCUCCCAUAUACUAGCUUUACUAAAUGAGCUACCAGCAACAUCAAAGAAAUACGAAUUCGCGGUAGCAAUGGCUGACAGGCUACUAGACGACAACACUCGUGAUGGUAAUGUAGAGCUUCUUCACGUCAAUAGUGUAGCAUUAUCAUCCGCAUUCGAGUGCACGGUCAAUCGAUUGUACCACAUCCUCAACAAUGCUGCAAUAUCCCAUGUUGAUCAGGCUAACAAUCGCGGUGGUCCAUGGACCUUACGUGUGAUACGUAAACUUCCUUUAGGAACAUACAUCUCGGCCUACAUGAAGGGUGGUAUAAGCGCUGUUUUUCCACAUUUGCACUCGAUGUGGCAACUCCAAAAAAGGCGGUCCAUGAUGAACGACGAUGGUGAUGGUGGUGGCGAUGAAUUUGUUGGGAGUGAUCAAAGUGCAGAGGUCGUGGGAGCAGAGAAGCUAGCACAAGAGUUGUUGUGGAUUAUUCAUAAACUUAGGGCAUGUUACGCGGUUGAUGAGGCCUUAGUACAAUGGAGCCUUGCUUCUAACUUGGCUUCCCUUUCUCUCAAUGCCAAUCCUAGGGUCCAAGCUCUUCUCAUUAAAAUUUCGGCUUCAUUAUUAGGAGACAUAGCUCAAGCAGAAUUCAAGGUUCACACACAAGUCCAAUACAGAUUGUUAGUGCUCUGGCUUCCGUUAUUUUGCUAUGCUUGUAGCGGCCUAAGGUACCCGGUGUUGUCAAGUUAUGAGAAAAUCGACGUUGAGAGAACAAUGGAGCGAAUGAUAGCAAGCCUCUCAGCCACGGAACAAGAGGUCGUGCUAAGAAAUUGGUUGCAAGACUUUGCUAUAUGCUCCUCGGAUUGGCCUAAUCUUCGACCAUCAUAUGAUCGUUGGUGCCAAUGUUCGCGUCAACUUGUUGCCUAAGAAAAUAAGUCCGGAUCAAUCUAUAAUAUGGCAAAAUUUGGUUUGUAUGUAUGAAUUACUGGGUAAAUGUUAGAUUGUAUCUCGUACUAUAUGUAUCAUAUUGCUAGUUUCAUGUAUUAAUCAACUCCUUUCUUAGAUCAGGAUGUAAAAUUUGAAAGUUCUCAUAUUCUCAUGCUUACAUUUUCAUGAUGAAUUAAGUACAUAUGUUUGGUGUGUUUUUUUUAAAGCAAGUGGAUGUAAAUAUGUAA